CCCAGAUUCCUUUUGAGAACCCGCCAACCCGGGCAUGGGAGCCCAUCUUGUCAUAAAUCUGAACCGUAUAUUAUACAACAAAUGGACCGAUCUUAUAAAAUCCGACGAUCAAGUUCUAUCGUGGUCCCACACAAAUAAACCCGACAAAUUUUAGCACACUCAAACUACAAAUAUAAAAAUAUCACGGGGAUCGAUAAGAAAGAAAGAGUAUCUUGGCCACUCUAAAACCAUUGCAAAAAAUAUCCAUCCAAUCCGACCUUCCCGGAUAAAAAAAAUCCAUCCAAUGGCUCGACGACUUUCAGCGGCGGUCUUGGCCGUCGUCGCCGCCGUUCUGAUCGCCUGCGCGGCCGGAGCAGAGGACGGAUCAUUUGCAUCUUCGGAUCUUUUUGCUCAAGAGAAUCCGAUUCGACAAGUGGUCUCCGACGGUCUCCGUGAGCUCGAGACCUCAGUUCUCCAAGCUGUUGGGAACACUGGCCACGCUCUCUCCUUUGCUCGUUUCGCUCACAGGUACGGGAAGAGUUAUGCUACAGUGGAUGAGAUUAAGAUGAGGUUCGAGAUAUUCAGGGACAAUUUGCGGAUGAUCAAAUCUCAUAACCGGAAAGGACUUUCAUACACCCUGGGUGUUAACGAAUUUGCGGAUAUGACAUGGGAGGAGUUCCGCAAGCACAGGCUGGGAGCUGCUCAGAACUGUUCUGCAACUUCAAAGGGCAAUCUCAAACUCAAGAAUGUUGUUGUCCCUGAAAAGCAAGAUUGGAGGGUGACUGGUAUAGUUAGUCCUGUCAAGAAUCAAGGUCACUGUGGAUCUUGCUGGACAUUCAGCACCACCGGUGCUUUGGAAGCUGCUUAUUCACAGGCUUUUGGGAAGGGAAUUUCCCUUUCAGAGCAGCAGCUUGUGGACUGUGCUGGUGCUUUUAACAACUUUGGCUGCAAUGGUGGUCUACCAUCCCAAGCAUUUGAAUACAUCAAGUUCAAUGGUGGACUAGACACUGAAGAAGCAUAUCCAUAUACCGGAAAGAAUGGCUUGUGCAAGUACUCAUCCCAAAAUAUCGGUGUUCGUGUUAUCGACUCUGUGAACAUCACACUGGUAAUUGCCUAAAGCCAUUUGCUCAGUUUCAUUUCAUAUCAUGUUAAUUGAAGUUUGUAUUGUUCAAAUACAGAAUAGGUAGAUUAAUGAAGCAGAUGUAUUACUUUUGCUUUCAAAAGAAACUUUUUCUUUAUUACUGUCCAUGAUUAAGGAUUUUGAUAUUUAGACCCCUAUUGCAUCAACUUAGCUCAGAAUUAAUUCCUGGAAAACAUUCUUUGGGCUUCUAUGACAAUUAUUCCUAGUUGAUCCUAUUAGAGCAAUAGGCUUUUAAAAUUGUUCUAUGACAAUUAUUCCUAGUUGAUGCUAUUAGAGCAACAGGCUUUUUAAAUGUAAGAAUCCACACGGACUGUUCUGCUCUAACUUCUCAGAAAUGACAGGGUGCUGAAGAUGAACUAAAAUAUGCAGUGGGCACUGUUCGACCUGUGAGUGUGGCAUUUGAGGUGGUGACUGGUUUCCGAUUUUACAAAAAGGGAGUUUACACGAGUACCACAUGUGGCAAUACUCCAAUGGUAAGUAGAAACUCUUGAAGACAUACGACACUAUAAGAGGAUGUCGAUGACUUUCUGAUAUCGCAAUUAUAACUGUCCAAGUAAAUUGUUGAUCGUGACUUUCAAAAAUUUUAGUUUUGGUCUAAUUGACAUUGGCUAGAAAAAGCAUAAAAGCAUGGCUAGCUUAGAAUACUACAAUGAAACAAGCUGCAUGGAGGGAAUUGAAUAACAGCCUAAUGGUUGGAGGCUGUGCAUCCUGGCCUUAGACUUUCUGUUUUUACUGAAAUGCACCUUAUAGCAGUUGGUCUUACACCAGGAUAACAACAUGCUUCUCGCCAUGCACUUGUCUUUUUCGUACCAUAUAACAGACAGUGAAUAGUAAGAGAUAACUCUGAUGUUCUAACAGCUUUCCUAUCAAUUAUGUGGUCAAAUGGCAGGAUGUGAACCAUGCCGUUCUAGCUGUUGGAUAUGGAAUUGAAGAUGGCAUUCCUUAUUGGCUAAUCAAAAACUCUUGGGGAGCUGACUGGGGUGACAAUGGUUACUUUAAGAUGGAGCUCGGAAAGAACAUGUGUGGUAAGUUUCUUUGGUUGUUGCACUAAUUUUUGUCAAUUGUCAGGCAUUGCAUUGUUUUUGUGCCAUCAAUGUGCUUAUCUAACUGGGAAUGUUCCUUUAUGUUGAAUAUCUUAUUUGAUUUUUUGUUUGGUCCAUCGGCUUAUAUUUGUAAUAUGAUUACAGGUGUCGCAACUUGUGCAUCAUAUCCUGUGGUUGCUUAAGCCUUUGGAGUAAUGAUAUACACUUCUUCCACAUGAAAAAGUAAUCCAUUAUGCUGUUACACGCACCGCAACAUUAGCUUCCUGUCAUGUCUCUGCAAUGUAGAAUAGCAAUUUCUGAGUCACAAUACCAAUAGCGAUCCAACGGUUGAGGAUGUGUUUGAUACGAAGGGCUUGUACUUGUAGAAUAAGAACUGUAUUGCUGUUCCUUUGAACUCAUAUGAUACUGUAAUGAGGAAGUCUUUUGUAAAGUAAUUUGUUGAUGCUUAAUAUACACGUUGGAUUCUAUUACCUCUGAAAUUCAAGC